UGCCUGCAGAAAUAAUAGACAAUUACAGCCAGGGAGAGGAGUGCGGCGCAAACGAGCUCUUCCCUCCCCCCUCCUCUCUCUCUCUCUCUCUCGCACUCACACACACUCUCUCUAUCUCUCUCUCCCCUGCAUACUCACCCAUUCUCUUUCUCACACACUCACUCACCCUCCCUUGUCCAAUUAUAAUAUUCAUCAUCAGCAGGCUAUCAGGCUCUCUCUCUCUCUGUUUUCCUCUCUCUUCCCACCGGCACAAAAAAAAAAAAUAGACUCACUUCCAUCGCUUUUGCACUGAGGUCCCAGGAUUCUUGAGCUGAGCCCAGCUGACAAGCUUUUGAAGAUGGCACAAUAACAGUCCAGUGAUGCCUGACCAUGACAGCACAGCCCUCUUAAGCAGGCAAACCAAGAGAAGAAGAGUUGAUAUUGGAGUGAAAAGGACGGUAGGGACAGCAUCUGCAUUUUUUGCAAAGGCAAGAGCAACAUUUUUUAGUGCCAUGAAUCCCCAAGGUUCAGAGCAGGAUGUUGAGUAUUCAGUGGUGCAGCAUGCAGAUGGGGAAAAGUCAAAUGUACUCCGCAAGCUGCUGAAGAGGGCGAACUCAUAUGAAGAUGCCAUGAUGCCUUUUCCAGGAGCAACCAUAAUUUCCCAGCUGUUGAAAAAUAACAUGAACAAAAAUGGUGGCACAGAGCCCAGUUUCCAAGCCAGCGGUCUCUCUAGUACAGGCUCAGAAGUACAUCAGGAGGAUGUAUGCAGCAACUCUUCAAGAGACAGCCCCCAAGAGUGUCUUUCCCCUUUUGGCAGGCCUGCUAUGAGCCAGUUUGAUAUGGAUCGGUUAUGUGAUGAGCACCUGAGAGCUAAGCGCGCCCGGGUUGAGAAUAUAAUUCGGGGUAUGAGCCAUUCCCCAAGUGUGGCAUUAAGGGGCAAUGAAAAUGAAAGAGAGAUGGCUCCACAAUCUGUAAGUCCCCGAGAAAGCUACAGAGAAAACAAACGCAAGCAAAAGCUGCCUCAACAGCAGCAACAGAGUUUCCAGCAGCUGGUUUCAGCUCGAAAAGAACAGAAGCGAGAGGAGCGCAGACAGCUGAAACAGCAGCUGGAGGACAUGCAGAAACAGCUGCGCCAGCUGCAGGAAAAGUUCUACCAAAUCUAUGACAGCACUGAUUCCGAAAAUGAUGAAGAUGGUAACCUGUCUGAAGACAGCAUGCGUUCAGAAAUCAUGGAUGCUAGAGCAAGGGAUUCUGUUGGCAGGUCAGAUAAUGAAAUGUGUGAGUUAGACCCAGGGCAGUUCAUUGAUCGUGCAAGAGCCCUAAUCAGGGAACAAGAAAUAGCUGAAAAUAAGCCUAAAAGAGAAGGUCCUAAGGAAAAAGAACACAGGCCAAACUCUUUCCAUCCAGAAGGCAAACAUUUGGCUGAGACCUUGAAACAGGAACUGAACACUGCCAUGUCACAAGUUGUGGACACAGUGGUUAAAGUUUUCUCAUCCAAGCCCUCUCGCCAGCUUCCUCAGGUCUUUCCACCUCUUCAAAUCCCUCAAGCAAGAUUUGCAGUUAAUGGGGAAAACCACAACUUCCAUACCACAAACCAGCGCCUGCAGUGCUUCGGUGAUGUCAUCAUUCCAAACCCACUAGAUACAUUCAGCAAUGUGCAGAUGCCUAAUUCCACAGACCAAACAGAAGCACUGCCCCUCGUAGUUCGCAAAAACUCAUCUGACCAAUCUGCAUCAGCCCCACCGCCUGGUGGCCAUCACGCUUCUCUGCAUCAAUCUCCACUCUCAACUACCACGGGCUUCACCACAUCUUCUUUCCGCCAUCCCUUUCCGCUUCCUCUCAUGGCAUACCCAUUUCAGAAUCCCUUAGGUGCUCCAUCUGCCUCCUUUCCAGGGAAAGAUAGAGCCUCCCCAGAAUCCUUAGACUUAACUAGGGAGACCACGAGUCUGAGGACCAAGAUGUCGUCGCACCAUAUGAACCACCAUCCUUGUUCACCAGCACACCCUCCUAGCACAGCUGAAGGUCUCUCUUUGUCUCUCAUAAAGUCUGAGUGUGGUGACCUACAAGAUAUGUCUGAAAUCUCACCUUACUCGGGAAGUGCAAUCUACAUGCAGGAAGGUCUGUCACCCAAUCACUUGAAAAAGGCCAAGCUCAUGUUCUUUUACACCCGGUACCCAAGUUCCAAUAUGCUGAAAACCUACUUCUCAGAUGUAAAGUUCAACAGAUGCAUUACCUCUCAGCUCAUCAAGUGGUUUAGCAAUUUCCGUGAGUUUUACUACAUUCAGAUGGAGAAGUAUGCGCGUCAGGCCAUCAACGAUGGGGUCACAAGUACUGAAGAGCUGUCUAUAACCAGAGACUGUGAGCUAUACAGGGCUCUGAACAUGCACUACAAUAAAGCAAAUGACUUUGAGGUUCCAGAGAGAUUCCUGGAAGUGGCUCAGAUCACGUUACGAGAGUUUUUCAAUGCCAUUAUCGCAGGCAAAGAUGUUGAUCCUUCCUGGAAGAAGGCCAUAUACAAGGUCAUCUGUAAGCUGGACAGUGAGGUCCCUGAGAUUUUCAAAUCCCCAAACUGCCUACAAGAGCUUCUUCAUGAGUAGAGAUUUCAAAAACUAUUUGUGAAUGUAUGAGAAGUAGCAGUCCCCUUUUGAUGCCCAAGUUGUGUGUGUCUUUAUUUUAAUUUCCUAUAUAGGUAUAUCAUAUACAUAUAUGUGUAUGAAAUCAGACUAUGGGGGCUUUAUUUUUUCCGGUCAGUUACAAGGGGGAAUAGUUAUUUUACUUCACCCUUCAGUUUACUUUUGCCCAAGACCCUUAACAUUUGGAGAAUAAAUGGGGUUAAUUUUCAGGGAGAAGAAUUUUGAAGUGUGUAAAAGCCUGUCUUAGCAAGUUAGGGCAUUAUGUUUAAAAAUGCUUUGUCAGAUUUAUUGCUUGCUGCAAAGUGGCAUUUUGUCUGAGUGAGACUCAUGUCACGGCACAAUAUUACAAACAAUGAAGUUUAUAUUAUGUUUAUACUGCUAAAGGUCUGAACUCUGUGAAGUUACUUCAUAAGCUUAGAGCAUUGUUUUAUUUUAUUUUACUCUGCUUUUUAACAAAUAAGGUAGAUUUUGUUGCAUAUUUUAAAAACUACAAACAUCCAUUUUAGGAUCUCACUCCAAAAAGUGAUACCCCAAAAAGGCAAACCCUAUUCUUCAAGCCUUCCAUUACAGGAAUAACAUGUACCCUUCCCCAGUAAUUAACAUGCCAGGUAAUUUUUUUUUAUUGAGGCAAAGCAAUUUUGCAGAAAACAGAUACUAUUCUUGCAGGGGGAAGCCAGUAAUUCAUGCACAAUAUUGUAUCAACCACACUAAUUUUAUAAUAAUGUCAGCUUACUAAACCGGAAGCAUUUCACUCUCCAUAAAGUAAAAACAAAACCUUUCAUCAUGCUAUAUUGCUGUGUGUUGGUCAUAUUUUAAUUGGCUCUUAGCUCUUAAAAUUUAUUCUUUGCUCAGUUUUUUUUCCAGGCAUAAAAAGAUUGCUGCCUAUAUUUGAUAGUUAGUAUUUUGCCCUGAAAAGCAAUUUUUUGAAUUACUUUUAUAUAGCAAAAGAAAGCAUUUUAGCCCAAAAGCUCUGAGGCAAAAAGACCCUUUGUUUGUAGCUGUAAAAUAUAAUCAAUCUUUACCUAGUCACAAGCAUUAAAAAAACAUUUUUAUAAAAAUCCAGUAAACCAUACACAAAAUUUACAGCAAAGUUAAGCCGGCCAACUUUAAUUUUUGCAUUACUGUUAAAUGCAUCAUCAGAACCAAAUCUGUCUGAUCAGAGUGCCACACUUGCGUUCUAAAGCGAAAGACGGUGUUGACCAAAAUAUGAGUACAGUGUAAAGUAUAUGAAAGUUUUGGAUUCAUCUGAAUGAUGUGCCACAAAAUAUGUGAACAUGAUGCAAGAAAGCUAGCUGCUAGUUUUUAUGCUUUCUUCAGUGGUUCUCCUUUUUAUUUUCACAUUUUCAAAAAGAUAUAGUGUCCAAUAGUUUGGGUUUGGUUUUUUUGUUAUUUUUUUAAAUAUUCUAUGGCACUAUGUAUUUGUUAUUUUCUCUGUCAUCUUUUGCACAGAUGCAGUAAGAAUUUAUUGUUAUUUUGAAUUGUAUUUUCCCCUUAGGUAAUUUGAUACAAAUCUAGAGAAAGUUACAGAAUAGCCAAUAAUAUUUAGACCAUCUAGGACAUCAAUAUUUUAUGUCUUUAACUUUAUUUUAAAAUUGCAUUUUGACUUUGGAGAGUGAAAGUUUACCCAUGUGACUAAAGAGCUGACCUGAUCAUUGCAAUUUCACUUCAUUUACAAAUACUGCUGAUAGACAGAAAUGUAUGAAAGCAAUUAUUGUCAGCACAAAGCCUUAAAAACCUGCUGACUUCAAAUUAAACAGCACAAUCCUGCGAUGCCCUGUCAUUAUUUUCAAGUACUGGCAGUAUCUGUGGAGUAUAGGCAAUGCAGACAAUAGCAUGGGAUGAAGUGCCAACAUUUUCACUAUGCAUUAAAAGCAAAACAAAUCUUCUUGAUCUUAAACUCCCUGUGAGUACCUAAUACUGUAGGCAUCCAUAGAGUAGACAGCAUGCGUCAUUCUUUUAUUUUGUGAAUGAUUUGGUAACUAUUACACUUCGGAAAGAUGUAAAUCCAAUCAAUUCCAAGUAAGAAAGAAGGAAAAUUGUGUUCAUGCACCUUUUUUUUUUUCUUUUUUAUUGUUAUGGGAGGAAGGGGCAUAAAAUGCUCAAGUUCUAAUACGAUUUGUUCUUCACUGGCAACCCAUCAAAUACAAAAUAUAAUACUGCAUUGCCUCCUUGGACAUCAUAAAGUAAAGCCAUACUUUAGUCAUACUACAUGGACACAUUACUAGAUACCAUCUUGAUCUGUGAUAUAACCAUUACUUUUAUUAUAUUAUAUUCUUAUUCUUAUUAUUAUAUUAUUUGGCUGCAAUGUGAUUCAAAUAAUUUAAAUAAGUGAAACUGUGUACUCAACACUAGAUGUUGUUGCAUUUAUUUAUUUAUUUAUAAAUAGCAUAAUCUCAAUAGUAAAUGAGGCAUAGGAAUUAAGAGUAGAAAUUUAAUUUUAAAGAGAAAAAAAAUCAGUUUUUGACCUGGAAAAAAAAAUUGGAUCAUUGCAGUUAUGGUGAUUUUACUGCAUUAUAGCCAUAUUGCCUUUGUGCCUCCCAAUGCAUUUAAAAAUAUAAAUAUACGGCAUAACUCUUACUAAAUUGUAAAUAGAAAUCACAAUCUUUCAAACAAUCUCAAUACUGUUUACUUAAAAACAAUGGCUAAAAGGCAGGAGGCUACUUUUAUUGUAAUGAAAAAAGUUUACGUAGGGAAAGAAUUUAAAAAUCCAUGUGGAAAUCCCUUGUUGCCGUUCAUUUACUGCUAAUUCAGAUUUAUUUCUGCAUAUAAACUUGAGGUUGUAGUCUGUGCCUAGACCUUAAAUGCACCAGCGGAAGGAUUAAAAAAAUCCUUCAAAAUACCAGUUUUUUCCCCACAAGUACAAUUGUUCUUGUGCCUUCUGUGGCUUACAAUUUUCAUCUUUUAAACAUUUUUUUUUCAAUUACUACAGCUGCAAUAAACACUAGAUUUUUUUUUCCGGCUGUUUGACAUAAUGUUGAUAGCUAUGCAUAUUUUGUGUCUUUUUAAAAAAUUUAAAAAAACAAACAAAACAAAGCAGGAGAAUACGUUUUUGAAGAAGAGAAUUUUUAGAACAGUUUGAUAAUGCAAAUUAUUUUUUUCUCAAUUGUUUGAGCAGCAUUCAAGUUUUGAAAAUUCUUGUAGAAGCCAAUUUUUUGUAACUGUGGUGCAAAUCUUGUGUUUUCUUAGCAUAUUGAAAAGUAGUAUAGAAGCAAUAUUUCAUACGCAAUAUCUAUGUGUAUACAUAUACACACACAUAUACAUACAUGUAGACAUUACAUAGAUAUGUUUUUAUGUAUAUACACACAUAAAAUAUGCGUAUGAAGUGAAAAGCUUACCUUUUUCCUAUCUAGAUUAAAAACCUAUUUUAGACAUUUGUUAUGUUUUGUGAGAAGAAUGUUCUAUUUGAAAUUACAAAACAUUUAAUUCUUACUGUAUCUCUGGUUGUUUAAUGGGAACGUUUCACACUAAAUGGUAAACAUGUGGAAGAUGUUAGAAUGUAGUAAUUAUUUAAGGAAGUGUUCACCCAUGUAUUCCUGAGGUUUGCUUUGUGCCUCUGAGUAUUAUUUAAUUAAAAGUGUUCUAAGUUUGCAGAAUCUUUGUUACUGUACCAGGUAUGUGGGUGAACAUCGAAAACUGAGGGGAACUUUUAUAAAGCAAUGUAAAUAUUCAGUCUUAUGGUUGUUCUUACAUAAAGAUAUAAGAUUUUAAUAACUACAUUCUGAAAACAUCUGCUGAAAUUUAUAAGAAACACUACAGUAACUGUAUAAAUAGUUGAAAGCAUUCUUGAAAAUCCAGCUCUCUACUUUUAAAUGAUAAGUCUCUUUCAUCAGAUGUCAAGGGCAUAGGUGAUACAGUUUCUGUACAAUUACACAAUUUUUUUCUGUGUACGUGACGUCAUUUAAUAGCAAAAUAUUUUUUCCACAGGUUAAUAUUAACUAAGAAAUAAGGGUGAAGAUUUUGUGGCUUUAAAGAUAGGAUUUUCACCAGCAGCAUUGAAAGAUAUAUAUAGAGAGAAAAAAAUGGAAAGUGGUUUACAAAACCCCCAAAAUGAGCACUGUACAUGAGAAGUGAAAGCAAAAACUAUAUUUGCCAUGUGUAUUAUAUAGAAAUCAUUGGUGUUAAUAGUGCAAAUGUUUCCUUCUGGUACCAACUAUGUGUUUGAAAAUUCCAAUAAGCAUUGUUUUCAAAAAGCUCCCCUUAAGGAAUGUAACUGGUUUAUAUGAGUAAGCAGUUACUGUAUUGCACUUAAAUGUUCUGUUGAAGGAAAUGCAAUUUUGUUUUCUGUAGAACUGUUGGUUGUAAACCAUCUAUAAACUGAAGCUGAAAAUGCUCAUAUUUAGAGCUGGGAUGAAAACUGGUGUUUAACCUUUGCAUCUUCUUAGGAAUAUCGUUUUUAAUGUAUGAAAGGUUGUGGCAUUGUGACUUUUUAGUCUCUUCAUAUGAGCCACGAUCACCUCUCUCCCCUAAGCAGCCACCUUCAAAAAUGCACAAUUGUACUAGGAUACAUAGAAGCAAAUCUAGAAGAAACAACAAGCUUAUAUUUUACCUAAAACCUAUCCUUGCUGCAAAGUUUAAAAUGCAUUAAAGUACUGCUCAAGUGGGGAAAAAACUCAACAACAAAUACUAUAACAAGAAUUUGUUAUUUUCAUGUAAUAUGAAAUCAGGAAUCAGAAAAAUGCAUCUCAAGUUGGUUUUACUGCUGCCCAGAAGAGUCAAAGGUUAAGGUUUAAACUGAUAUUGUCCCAGCCAUUACUCAUAUGUAUAUAGUUACAAAAGUGACAAAACACUGCCUUUAUAUUAUUUAGCAAUAUGUUGUAAAUAGCAUUAUUAAGCUCUUUUUUGUAAUAAAGACCCUUUAAUUUGAAGAUAGAAGAAUAACUGAACCGAUAAAGUCAAUUUUUGAUUUUUUUUUAUUUUAUUUUUUAGCUAGAGGCAAUUUCAACUGUGGAUUUUUUGUUGUUGUUGUCUAUUGUUCUGAAGACUUUGCAUAAUUUAUUGGUUUAAUUUAUCCUAAUUUAUUUGAUGAAGGUGUACAAUUUUGUAUUACCAAGGAUGUACUGUAAUAUUAAUUGAUGAUAUGAUAAAAACAAUAAGACUCCCCUGUCCAUAUAGAAAAAAAAGUGCAGUAGACAAUUGAUUGAAAAAAAGUUACAAUUCUAGCUUGGCAGCUACUAAAUUAAAAAGAAAAGAAACAGGAAAAAAAAUUAGGGGGGAGGGGGAUUUUAUUUUGUGUGUUUUAAGCUUUUGUAUACUCUCCAGACUUUUACCUUUUUGCUUUGUACCACUUAAAGGAUACAGUAGUUCAAUUGCCUUGUGUGCCUUCCAUCUUCUCUAAACUGAAUGUAUGUGCAGUAUAUA